AUGAUGACCUAUCUCAUAUUGUCUAGCGUGCUGCUUUGGCUCGCGAAUACUGUAUUCGUGAUGCUACGGACGCUGAUAGGUCAAGAGAUCCCUCGGUGGCAAUGGGUCUUCCUUCAGUAUUCGAUCGGGGCAGUGUGCUCAUACGCUGUCUAUCGUUUGCAUUUCUACCCGAGAUACUUCACUUCUUUCAAGAAGUUACCAACUCCAGCGACCCGAAACCUAUUCACCGGCAACGAAAGAGGUUUUUUCCGGGAGCCGCAGUGGACUGUUGCUCGUAGAAUCUCCGAGUCAGUCCCAAACGGGGGCUUGCUGAGAUAUUACGCGGCAUUCAACCAAGAAAGGAUCUUAGUGACUAGCCCAAAAGAAUUGGCAGAAGUUCUAGUUCAGAAAGUUGAUGACUAUGAUCAUCCAGCUUUCAUGAAGUUCGCGGCUGAAAGAGUAACUGGUAAGGGCAUGCAAUUCGCUACCGGAGAGGAUCACAAGACACAGCGCAAGCACUUGAUGCCUGCUUUUAGUCCUGUACAUAUCAAAACAUUGAUACCCACUUUUUGGGAAGAAACAACAAAGAUGAUCCACGGUAUCGAGGAUGAAAUCAGACAAUCGAACAAUCGUGACCAUCAGGUUUUCGUCACCGACUGGAGCAUCCGGGCAGCACUGGACAUAAUCGGCUUGGCUGGAAUGGGCUACCAUUUCAAUUCCCUUGGUAAUCCAAAUGGUGAACACCGGGAACUUACCAAGGUAUAUCGAAAAUUCUUGUCUCGGGCAAAUCCUGUAUUUCCAUGGAUUGGCUUGUUGAUGAACUACAUCCCAAUUGAUGUCCUCAGACACAUACCGGAACCACGCAACAUGGCUCUGAAUCGUGCCUUCUCAGACGUUCGAGAAAGGGCUGUGAAAAUUAUUGAAGCUCGUAAAGAGAAGUUGGCACAUGAAGAGACUGACAAGAGUACUGCGGGAAAGGAUAUCAUCACUGUUGCACUUCGAAGUGGCAUGUUCUCUUCAGAAAACUUGAUGCAUCAUGUCAUGACGUCUUUAGUCGUUGGGCAUCUUUCGACGGCCAUUACAUUUGACUGGGUCUGCUUUGAGCUCGGCCAGCGCCCUGGAAUGCAAGCUCGGCUACGAGAAGAGAUUCGAACCAAGUGGCCUGGAGGCCUGACAACCGUCGAUGCGUCUACAAUCGAUACUCUUCCAUAUCUCAAUGCAGUAUGUAGCGAGACCUUGCGCUUCUAUCCGCCGCUGCCAUUUGCGUUACGUGUUGCCGUCCGCAAAACAACGCUUUUGGGCACAGAGAUUCCCAAAGGUACAACAAUCGCGUAUUGUGCAGACGCUAUUAAUCACGACAAAGACCAGUGGGGAGAGGAUGCUCACCUAUUUAAUCCUGAGCGAUGGAUGGGCCAAGGCCGAGCAGGAUCUGGCGGAUCAUUGAGCAACUUUGCCAUGCUAACGUUUUCGGCCGGACCAAAAAACUGCAUCGGGCAGUGGUGGGAAAGAGCAGAGUUGGCUUGUCUUGUUGUGGCAUUUUUUGGUAGAUUUGAGGCGGAGCUCGCCAAUCGACACACUGCUGGAGUGGUCGAGCGAGCUCCAGCGAUGAUGUCUAGAGAAGGCGUCUACAUACGCCUAAACUCGGUUCCAGGGUGGUAG